GGGGGGACACUCAUUACGAUUGUACAACACAGACAAUGGCAUAUCUCAUCACUAUCAAGACUGCUCGCAAAGUGAUCUGGUAUUGAACAAUCAAUGCGUGAGACUCGCAUAAUUAAUGGACAGAGCUUAUGCAUGCUUGGCACCACGGACCGCUAGUCCUUAUCACGCGGUGCAGGUGCUCGGAGUACGGAACAUCAAGGCCAAAGAAAGUCACCCCGACCAAACACGCCAUGGAGCGCGUCCGGAAGAUAUGGCAGCAAGAGCAGGAGUAUGAGCCCAUCGAGGGAGGAUCAACCGAGGAGGAGCAAGAGAGACCAGAGCUACGGGGAAACACAGACUUCUCUUGGAUAGAGUACUCGAUCUUCCUGCUGUUGGGUGUGGCCAUGUUGUGGGCGUGGAACAUGCUACUUGCGGCAGGGCCCUACUUCCAGAGCCGCUUCGCAUCGAGCGACCGCCUCCUGGACAACUUCCAGGCAUCCGAGCUGGCCGUAUCCAGUAUCACGAACUUGGGCAGCAUGCUUGUUCUUUCCAACAUGCAGGCCCGCGCUUCCUAUCCGAGACGUAUUGUCAUGUCCCUCUUGAUCAAUCUGCUUGCCUUUACCCUGCUUGCUCUCUCGACAUGGUUUGCUCUCGGCGUCAGCGCCAAUGCCUACUUCGCCUUCCUCAUCUUUAUCGUCUUCGUCACCAGUCUGGCAGCUGGCCUGUGUCAGAACGGCGUCUUUGCCUUCGUCUCUGGCUUUGGCCAACCGCGCUAUACACAGGCUAUUAUGACUGGACAAGGGGUUGCUGGCGUACUUCCCUGCAUCGCUCAAAUCAUUUCGGUGCUCUCAGUCAAACAAUCGAGAUCAGACGACAGCUCUACAGAUGGCUACAAAGACGCUGUACCAGUGCCAGGAACAGCUGCUUUCGCCUACUUCCUUACCGCGACUGUGAUCUGUGCCUCUACCCUUAUCGCCUUCUUCUUUCUCCUUCGAGUACACAGCAGAAAAGCACCCAACACAACGACCCAGGACAUGACUUCCAGUCUCGACAGUCUCGUGCCAAGCGAGCGCAAGACUGUGCCAUUCUCCGUACUGUUUCGUAAGCUUCGCUGGCUCUCCGCUGCCGUUUUUCUGACAUUUGCUGUUACCAUGAUGUUCCCAAUCUAUACCCAACGCAUUCUAAGCGUGAAUGCCUCGAGCUCGUCGUCUCGUCUUUUCCAAGCUCCAUCCUUCAUCCCAUUGGCUUUUUUGUUCUGGAAUGCUGGUGACUUGCUCGGCCGCCUGUUACCCGCUGUACCUCGCCUUUCACUCAUACAUCGACCCAAACUCAUCUUUAUGCUUUCUGUCGCUCGCGUUGGCUUCAUUCCGCUAUAUCAUCUCUGCAACAUCCGCGGUCAAGGCGCUGUGAUCGACAGCGACGUUUUUUACCUGGUUGUCGUACAGUUGCUCUUUGGUAUAUCCAAUGGUUAUCUCGGCAGUAUGUGCAUGAUGGGUGCUGGCGAGUGGGUGGCGCCGGAGGAGAGGGAGGCUUCUGGUGGCUUCAUGGGUCUCUGUCUCGUGGCCGGUCUAGCCUUCGGCAGCCUGAUCAGUUUCUUCGCUGCAAAAGCAUAGAUACGAAUGACAAGAAAUACCGUCUCGCAUUGUCACAUGUUCUCAACUCUCACUAAUGCGGCAUUUUCACCAGCUCAAGAUUCGGAUAGUGGCAUCACAGUA